GGAAAAGAAGAAAGGAGAAAAAAGAAGAGAAAAAGAAGAAAAGAAAAGAGCAGAAGAUCCUUUGCCCCCAAAGAAGAAAGAAAGCAAGAAAGAAAAAAAACGGAAUCCCGAAAGAACGGAAAUCGAGACACAGGUGCGAAUAUGAGAGGAGGUGCGAAUAACAGCAUCAUUAGAUGAGGUGCGAAUAACAGCAUUAUCAGAGGAGGUGCGAAUAACAGCAUCAUCAGAUGAGGUGUGAAUAACAGCAUCAUUAGAGGAGGUGCGAAUAACAGCAUCAUCAGAGUAGGUGCGAAUAACAGCAUCUUCAGAGUAGGUGCGAAUAACAGCGUCAUCAGUAGAGGUGCGAAUAACAGCAGCAUGGACGUGUACACGGUGGAAAAACACCUCGAGUUCGCCGCGGAUAAAGGAGAGCGGGAGAGCUCGUCCGAAAGACGGAUUCGACUCCUGAGACAGGGCCUCAAGAUGUUCCUGUGCAGCUUGGCCAUGUGGACAAUGGGCUCGAUGUACGUGUACCCCUCGGUCCUGGCGCACGACCUGGCCGCCCACAACACCACCAUCUACGGCUCCCUCAUCAGCCUUACGAGUUCGCAGAUCGACAUGACAGGCAGCCUGGUGAUGCUGGGCGCGACGGCGGGCGCGUGGCUCGUGGCGCCCAUCAUGAUGCGGCUGGGGCGGCGGGCGGGCGUCCUGGCGUCUGGCUCCACGGCGCUGCUGGGCUGGCUCGGGGUGGCUCUCCUGCCCGAGCCCCUUGGCAUCCUGCUGGCACGCGGCCUCUCGGGACUCGCGGCCGGCGGGCUCUCGCUCGUGGCCAACAGCUUCGGCAUAGAGCUGGCAGACCCCGAGGUGCGGGGCAUGAUGGCCAUGGUGCUCAACCUCGGCAUUUUGCUAGGCCAGGUGGUGACGGUGUGCGUGGGAUAUGACGCGCGCUACUUCGUCGUGGCACUGGUCGACAUGGCACUCCCGCUGGGACUCAUACUCUCCCUCUUCCAUCUCCCGGAGAGUCCGUCCUACCUCGUGCUCAAAGGACGCGAGGGCGAGGCGCGCGAAGUCCUCCUUGAUCUCCGAGGGCGAUAUGCUGACAUCGAGGGCGAGAUCCAGAGCUACAAGGACCUCAACCACACCAGCGACAGCAAGGGGGCGUGGCGUGACCUCCUUCGACCUCAGGUGCUCAAAGACCUGGCUGUCGUCUCGACCUUGUUUAUACUCAUGUAUUUCACAGGUUACCAGGUGAUCAGCGCGAACACUUCGAGAAUGUUCGAGGCGGCGGGUUCCAGCGUCGACGACAGCCUGUCCACCAUUAUUGUUAAUGUCGUACAGGUCGCCGCCGCCGCCGUCGCCUCCCCUGAUGGACCGCCUCGGCCGCCGCCGCAGCACGAUGCUCUCGUACGGCGUGAUGUGCGUGUCGCUGGGCGGCCUGGCCGUGUACCUGCUGGCGGCGGGGGAGCAGGACCCGCAGCCCCAGGCGUGGAUCCCCCUGGUGUGCCUCAUGGCCACGCAGGGCGCCGUCACCAUCGGGGUGAAUCCGGUUCCCUUCAUCCUGAGCAGCGAGUACUUCCCGACCCGCAUCCGGGCCUUGGCCGCUGGCAUCUGCUACACGGUCGGCAACCUCGCGGGGUUUCUGGUGCUGCAGCUGUACACGCCCAUGCUCGAGGCCUUCACCCAGGUGGGCCUCUAUGCAUUCUACUCGUCCGUGUGCCUUGUAGGAAUUCCCUUCACGUAUUUCUUCGUCAGAGAGACAGCCGGAGCCAAGGUCGGGUGAGGGGUUUCGGACGAAGCCUGGUGGAAGGAUGUGAACGAGUUUGGUGAAGAAAAAAAGAAGGAAAAUGGAUUUAGAAGAAAAAGAAAGAACGGAAGGAAAAUAAAAUAAAUGUACUUGGAAUAGAAUGGAAGAACGAAGGAAGAGAAGCAAACUGCAGUCGAAAGAGGCUGGAAGAGCGACGUUUAUAGAACAACGCAAAUUGGUCUCAUUAUAUCCAUACCAUGUGAUUUUUAACUUAGUCAAGGAAAUAAAAGGGUGAAUGUAUUUUUAUUAGAAUGUAGCGAAUAUUUGUCUACAUAUCAAUUGUAGUUUAAUAAACAAAUUGUCCAAAGUAGAAUAAAUAUCAGAUUUGAAA